AUAAAGUAUGGUUAAUUUUUCGAAAACGGUGGUCUGUGUACUAUUGUCAGUCAUUGUUUAUUAAAAAUUGAAGUUGCACAAAAUUGAAUAAGUUUAAUUUAUUUAUCAACAUAUUUGAAGAACAAUUUCAUUUUAUAUCUGUGUAAUACUUGAUAAUUUAAACAAAAUGGAUAUUGGAGUUCCAUCUCGAUUUGCUUGCCUUAAGAUUGAGGAUGAACCUGUCUCAGUGAAGUCUAAGGAUAAAAAAAAUGACAUUAAGAAGCAAAACACAAAAAAGAGUAAAGAAACUGACACCAAAAAGGCUAAAACUACUGUGAAUAGUAAAAAAGAUAACAAAUCCAAUCGCCAAAAAGAAAAGACAAAUAUAAAUAGAAAAGAAAAGAAGAAAGAACAUGUAAAUGAACAAUGGGAAGAAUGGAAAGAAAAAGACAGUCAGUUAGUAAAUGGAAACUAUGAAGAAGAUUUGCAAAAUGCCAUCUUACUAUCAAAAUUAGAUUAUGAGGAGAAAAAGGAGAUUUAUAAACGUCUAGAAAAGGAAGCUGAAAUGGAGAAAAAUCGAACACAGGUUAAAAAAAAGAAAAAUAAAGGAAUGAGUCUGCAUCAGUUUUUGGAAUUUGGGGGAAACGGUGAUAACAAAGAAGAAGAAGUAGAAACCAUAGAAGACAUUGCCUCAGACCAUGGAUUUUUUGAUAAAGUUAAGCAAGAGGCACAAAAUGAGUUGAAUAAAGAAGAAGUUAAAGAACUCAGGAAGAAGCGAGAAGAAAAAAUAGAUGAAAUCAUCUCUUUAGCACAGUUACAGGAUAAAUUAGAUAAAGAACAUAAAGAGAAUGAAGAACUGAAGAAACAGCUUAAAAAGGCUAAAAUUGAAAUUGCUGCUGUCAAAGAGAGGAACAAAUCAUUAUGUGAUAUUUUAGGUCAUGGAGAAAUGAAAGACAAAGCAGAUGUGCUGGUUGAACUAGAGAGAUUGAAUGCUGUUAAAAAUGAAUUAACUGAAGAAGUGACUAGAUUGCAUGCUCUUUUAGAACAAGAACGUUCAAAGGUUGCUGCAUUAACUGAAGCCCAGCAUAGCAAACAUAAGGAUAAAAAAUCGAAAAAAUAAAAAACAAGACAUUUUUUAUACUUAUUUCUAAGAAUUUAUGGAUAACUUUAUUAGAAACAAUGCA